AUGGAACAUCUGGCAGUGCGCACAUUCGCGAUAUACAAGUUAACGAUUCGAUCCAAGUACCCAAUUCUGGCUUCAAUGGCAGAGAAUGUAUACUUUUACAAGAUCCCAUAUCUUCAACACUCUACCGCACGCUAUGACCCGCAAACAACCUGUCCCCAAUCGCUAGUGACAGCGACGGAUUUCUUUGAUGAGACAUUCUCCCAGACGGACCCAGGCGCCCUCAAUGCCGCUGCUUUGGCGACCGAAUCAUUGGUUCUGGCAACUGACUUCUUCGACAAUUCUUUUGGUCUCCAAGACCAUGGGAAUCUCAGCAGAGGCUGCAAUGCACAGCCAUUAAUGGAAACGACUGUCCCCGGACUUCCCUUUGCACAACCAGCCCGCUCAGGCGCAGAUCCUCUAUCAUUAGUAGCUGCAACCGACUUCUUUGACAACUCAUUUGGCCUCCAACACCUGCCAGACCUCAACAGAGACCGCAGUCCAUAUCCGUCGGCGGAAAAUUUCCCCGGGAAUUCCCCUGGGCGAACAGGCCCGUCCAGUAACACUGAUAUCGGAGGUUAUAAUCAUCUCUUCUGUUUGCACUCUUCGGAGACGGCAAAUCCACAUGGGACGGAGGUAGCUCGUGGAGUCACCGCUCACAACCAUCAGCAUAUCUUCUCCUUGAGAAUCGAUCCUGAAAUUGAUGGGAUGGAAAACGAAGUUCGAGAGUUCGAUGUUGUCCCCCUUCAAUACACGGAUGACAGCAAGACAAACCCUUACGGUAACGGAUUCUUUUGCCAGCAGCGGGCAGUGGAAGGUGCCAGUCUCGCAUUGUUAGGCCGCUCAUGGGACAUUGUCAAUCCAACGAAGGUCAACCCAGUAUGCAAGAAGCCAGUUGGUUACAAGAUUUUAAACUCUCAGUAUCCUGGUCUCUUGGCGCAGGAAGGGAGUGUUGUACGCCAGCGCGCAGCCUUUGCGACAAAGCCACUGUGGGUGGUGCGGUUCAGGGAUUUCCGGCUUUAUCCAGCUGGUAACUAUGUCUGCCAGUCAACGGGAGAAGCACACCAAGAUGGAAAUGAGACAUUGGAGGGCUGGUUGUCAGACGCAGGGCCCGCAGACAUUGUGUGCUACGUGCAGUUUGGCCUCACACACAUCCCUCAAACUAAGGACUUUCCGAUUAUGCCUGCCGAGCCAGUGAGCGUAACACUGCGCGCCGCCAACUUCUUCCAGAAUAGUCCUGCCCUACCCUUUCUUUCGCUGCCUCAAAACUGCGACUUCAGCUCACGAUUGGCAGGACUGGGUCAAAGUGCCUGUGGGAGUCAAGCUGUGGAAGUACGCAAAGGCAGCCACCACCAUCGAAGGCUUCACAGAAAGCUUACUUUGUGA